GCGGAGAGCCUCUUCCUGAAAUUGCAAGCGGGCUCCCGGCCUGAUCCGGAGGCGGCUGCCGCGUUCUGCCCGAAGCCCCUUUGCGCUUUUUCUCUGCCCGGAAGGUCCGGAUGCCCCCGGAGGAAAAGGGGAGGGGAGGAGCGGGGGGGCAGCCCGCGUGCAUCUGGGGGGCUUCCUCCCCGCCCCGAAGCUCUACGGGCGUGUGCUCGGAACCGGGACCCGCGCCCGGGCUGGUUCGCGCGGAGCCUGCCCGGCAGAGCCCUCUGAGCGCCCCGCCCGCCCGCCCCGAAGAUGAAUAAGGCGGCCACGGAGGUCUCCGAGAACAGCCACCACCUGAAGGUCUUCCUGCCCAAGAAGCUGGUGGAGUGCGUGCCCAAGUGCCCGGCCCUGCCCAAGGAGCGCCUGCGCUGGAACACCAACGAGGAAAUCGCUUCUUAUCUGAUCACCUUUGAGAAACAUGAGGAAUGGCUCUCGGGCUCCCCGAAGACCAGACCCCAGAACGGCUCCCUCAUCCUGUACAAUCGCAAGAAGGUGAAGUACCGGAAGGACGGCUACUGCUGGAAGAAGCGCAAGGAUGGCAAGACCACCCGGGAAGACCACAUGAAGCUGAAGGUCAAAGGGGUGGAGUGUCUCUACGGCUGCUACGUCCAUUCGUCCAUUGUCCCGACAUUCCACCGUCGCUGCUACUGGCUACUCCAGAACCCGGACAUCGUCCUGGUCCACUAUCUGAAUGUGCCGGCCAUUGAGGACUGCGGGAAGGUCUGCAGCCCCGUCCUUUGCUCCAUCAACAGUGAUCGCAAGGAGUGGCUGAAGUGGUCGAAGGAGGAGCUGGUCGGACAGCUGAAGCCCAUGUUUCAGGGGAUCAAGUGGACGUGCAGCAGCAACGGGAGCAGCAGCACUGACCUCUCUGUGGAGCAGCUGGUGCAGCAGAUCUUGGAAAGCCACCAGGCCAAGCCGCCCCCCCGGACCCACGCCUGCCUCUGCAGCAGCAGCCUCGGGAGUCCCGGCCACGUCCCGCACAAAUGCAACAGCAUUAAGCACCGGAUCAUCUCCCCGAAGGUGGAAGUCCGUCCUUGCCCCUUCCCGGCCCUGACAGAGGUGCAAAACAUCUCCGGCAGCCCCGAGGCCCGAGCUGAGGCUGACCCGGCCAAGGGGCCUGUCCUGGACAGCAAGGGCACCAAGCCGGCCAAGACCACCUCCUCCACCAUGGCUGACGCCGUCCCCGACUCCACGCAGCCGCCCCCUGUGCUGCCCCGGCCCGGCGGCUUCCCCAAACAGGAGCGGCCCCCUGUCACGCUGUCUGUCAGCCUGCCUGGCAGCACCAUCUUCGUCAUGGCUGGCCCGAGCGGGGCUGAGAAGCCGCUGGCCCUGACCCCCAGCCAGCACCUGGUCUCCGGAGAGGGGGGCGCGGCCCCCACCACGCCUCUUGGCCUGGCCGUCUUGCCCGGACUGCUCCUCUCGCAGAGCCUGGAAUCCGCCAUGGAGACCAGUGAGGGGACCUCGGACGCCUUCGACCCAGACCGCUUCCUGAACAGCCCCAAGCAAGGACAGACGUACGGGGGCGGCCAGGGCCUGCAAGCUGAGCCGGAGCCUCCAGAGACUGGCCCGGCUUCGGGCUACUCGCUCUACAUCUCCACCAAUCGCUUCUUCAUCCAGGACGAUGGGGCCAGGCAGGGGCCUGCAGCCCUCUCAGCCAGCCCCACAGUGGCCGCAGCGGAAGCCAAGAGCAGCCCGGAGGCACCCAUGGAGACGUCAGGCGAAGGGGGCAGAGCAGCCGGGGGGGCCCCAGAGAUCUCCCCCAAGGAGCUGCAGGAGGAGCUCCACUCGGUCAUCCAGAGAGUGGCCGCGGCGGCUGCAGGAGGCCCCUUCAGCCUGCCCUUCGACAGCCAUUUCCCGGACCUCAUUAGCGAGCUGAUGACAGAGAGCCCGGCAGCAGAUGGGGCAGGCAGCCCGAGAGGCCCCAGUCCCGGGUCGGAGAGCCCGGAGUCGGUUCUGCCGGAGCCCCCGGCCGAAUCCUGCCACGCGGUGGAGGCCAUCUUGGGGGCCCCCGCUCAGCCCUGGGUCUCCAUCACCGACUUCUCACCCGAGUGGUCCUACCCAGAGGGGGGGGUGAAGGUGCUGAUCACCGGCCCCUGGAUGGACGAUUCGGAGUCCUACAGCUGCCUCUUUGGCCAGAUCUCGGUCCCGGCGUCACUCAUCCAGUCCGGGGUGCUGCGCUGCUACUGCCCAGCCCACGAGGCGGGGCUGGUGCCGCUGCAGGUCGCACGGGAUGCCUGCCUGGUGUCCCCGUCGGUCAUCUUUGAGUACCGAGCCCGGAGCUUCCUGACGCUGCCCGGCCCCCAGCUGGACUGGCUCUCCCUGGACGAUAACCAGUUCAGGAUGUCCAUCCUUGAUCGUCUGGAGCAGAUGGAGAAGCGCGUGGCUGAGAUGGCCACCUCGGCCCCCCACGGCCCCCCGGCCCAGGCCCAAGGGGAGAAGCCCCCUGGCCAGGCUGCCUCCGACUCCUUUGAGGACCGCAUUGUGGCCCUCUGUGAGAAAAUGAUGCUGUCGCAGACGUGGCUUUGCUCGGAGACCCUGGUGCACCACGUCAGCUUCCGAGGAAUGACGCUGCUGCACCUGGCAGCCGCCCAGGGCUACACCCGCCUCAUUGAGACCCUGAUCAAGUGGCGGAAUCUCAACGCCCAGAAUCUGGACUUGGAGCAAGAGGUGGACCCCCUCAAUGUGGAUCACUUUUCCUGCACCCCCUUGAUGUGGGCCUGUGCACUCGGCCACUUGGAGGCCGCCCAGCUGCUCUACCGGUGGAACAGCCAAGCCCUGGCCAUCCCUGACUCCUUGGGCCGCCUGCCGCUCACCGUGGCUCGUUCGCGGGGCCACGUCAAGCUGGCCACGUGCCUGGAGGAACUGCAGCGCCAGGAAGAGGCCCUCCCCGAACCUCUGGAGCCCUCGGCGGAUGCGCCUGGGUCAGCCGGGAAGGCCUGUGUCGUCGGCCUUCAGCACCCCACGGAGGGGCUGCACGUCCCCUCCCCUGUCUCGGCCAGCCCAGACACAGGGCUCAGCACCGCCAGCGGGGUCUCCUCCCCCUCGGAGCGCUCGGAAGGCUCCCUCUCCAUCACCUCCGCCUAUUCCAGCGGGUCAGCCCUGCGGGAGUCGCCAGCCUACAGCCCCGAGGCCGAGGGAGCCAUGGACGUCUGCCAGGGCCUGCCACCCGGCAGCCUGGAGGGGUGGUACUUGCAGGAAGCCGCCAGCCCGCCCCGCCUCCCGCCCGCCUCCUUCUUCCUCAGCUAUGGCGAGGGGGGCCCCAUGGGACCCCUGGGAGGCCCUGAGGCUGAGCUGGAGCCGGAGUUGCUGGCCUACGGGGAAAACGCCGAGAACGAGGAGCAGCUGCCGGAGACAGACGUCCUGCAGGUGGAUGUGAUCACCCUGGCCAGGCAGAUCAUCGAGGCCACGCCGGAGCGCAUCAAGCAGGAGGACUUUGGCUGCACCGAGGCUCCUCUCCGCGAGCGGUCCAGCAACGUGGGCCUGAGCGAGACCAUGUCCUGGCUGGCCAGCUACCUGGAGAACGUGGACCAGCUGCCCAACCUCCCCCAACGACGAGGCUUGGCCCCCUCGCCCCCCGGGCGCUCCUGCCUCAGCCCCCUGCAGUCCCCCUUGGCGGACCUGUCCUUCGAGCGCCUCCCUCCGCCCCCCACCGCUGCCAGCUGGGCCGAGUUCCUCAACGCCUCGGGGAACGGAAAGAUGGAGAGCGACUUCGCCCUGCUGACACUCUCGGACCACGAGCAGCGAGAGCUGUACGAAUCCGCCCGGAUCAUCCAGACGGCCUUUCGCAAGUACAAGGGCCGUCGGCUGAAGGAGCAGCAGGAGCUGGCGGCGGCUGUCAUCCAGCGGUGCUACCGGAAGUACAAGCAGCUCACCUGGAUUGCCCUGAAGUACGCGCUCUACAAGAAGAUGACGCAGGCGGCCAUCUUGAUCCAGAGCAAGUUCCGCAGCUACUACGAGCAGAAGAAGUUCCGGCAGAGUCGACGGGCCGCCGUGCUGAUCCAGCAAUACUAUCGCAGCUACAAGGAGUACGAGAGGCUGAAGCAGGGGCACCGGGCCUCGGCCGCCAUGCAGCAGAAGAUCAAGGGGACCUUCCUGACCAAGAAGCAGGAUCAGGCCGCCCGGAAGAUUAUGCGGUUCUUGCGACGUUGUCGGCACAGGAUGAAGGAACUGAAGCAAAGGCAGGAGAUGGAGGCCCCCCCACAGAAGCGCGGUGUGGCCACUUAGUCCGAAGCGGACGCCCGCAGGAAGAGGCGGAGGAGGGUUCUGACCCCAGCCAAGCCCCCGAAAGACUGGAGGGAUGGCCACGGGUCUCCCCGCCGGAAGGAAGGACUGUGCAAUAGGGCCACCCGGCCCACAGCUUGGCCCCUUCCAGUCUGGGGUGGGUGUGGAAGCUCUCCUGGCCGGGGCGCAGUCCCGUGGCCCUCGGCCCCAUCCCUGGAGCCCCCGGCGAGCUUGCCUUCCCUCUGUGCCAAGGCGUCUCUGCCACGCAUGGGCCGUCCGGGGGCCGGAGGGGGACACCACACCCCAGGCUGAGGAAGGAGGGAGGGAGGGAGGGAUUCUCGGGGGCCCCACUGCCUUCACGCCAGCUUUCUGGAGGACCUGCAGCAGCCCCCCCUCCUCGCAAGGGGUUGGGUGGAAGACAGCCUCCUGGCAUGCACUUUUCAGCCCCCGUCCCCCAUCUGUUUCCUUCUGCCCCACUCCUCCCCAUAAGCUGGGCAGGCUGCCAGGCUGGGAUUUGAGAGGGUCCUUCCCUCCCCAGCAGCCCCCCCUGCCCCCUCCCCUGUGCCUCUGUACAUACUUGUAUGAUUUGGGCAAAAGAAGGCCAGGCUGGCAUCUAUUUAACCCAAAGACAUCUCACCCCACGGGGGGGGGGGCGGCAGGGGGCUGGGGAGAAAGAUGCUUGGGUUGUAACUCUGGAGCUCCCCCCUCCCUGGAACCUCCUUCUUUGGUAUUUCAGCCCAGCCUCUGGAUGUCGCUCCCCCCCCCAUCUGCCACACGGCUACCGUUUUUGCAUGACUUUGGUUGGUUUGUACAAAUUUACAUUAAACUGCAAGAAAAUCACCAGUGUAAA